AGACAUUCGUUGUCUCGGCUACCGUUCACACUUGUAUCACUCCAAUAGCGCCGGUACCGCAAUAUAAGAACAUAAAAUUAAAAGAAAUAAUAAACAAAUAAUAAAAAUGUCAAUGAAAAUUUGCAGAUAUGUUGCUUUAUCAAACAGUGCAAAGAUUUUGUGCAACUCUUCAACAGAAUUCAAAAUAAGCAUUUUUCCUCUUCUCCCAAUACGAGCUUUGCAUGCAGUUGCUAAAGAAGAUCAAAAAUGCACAGCAACAAGUCUAGUUCCUUACCGAGAGCAGAGUACAGCGACAUCAAAACCUAGUCUUGUAAGCAAUGCAGCAGAGUUUGUAGUUGCUAAAGUUGAUGACUUAGUAAAUUGGGCAAGACGAUCAUCUCUAUGGCCCAUGACAUUCGGACUGGCUUGUUGUGCUGUUGAAAUGAUGCAUUUUGCUGCUCCUAGAUAUGACAUGGAUCGAUUUGGUGUUGUGUUUAGAGCAAGUCCUAGACAAGCAGAUGUUAUGAUAGUUGCAGGUACAUUAACAAAUAAAAUGGCUCCAGCUUUGCGCAGGGUGUAUGAUCAAAUGCCUGAACCACGUUGGGUUAUUUCAAUGGGCAGCUGCGCUAAUGGUGGUGGUUAUUAUCACUAUUCUUAUGCAGUUGUUCGUGGUUGUGACCGUGUAGUUCCUGUGGAUAUUUAUGUACCUGGAUGUCCACCCACUGCUGAAGCAUUGUUGUACGGCGUGUUACAGUUGCAAAAAAAAAUUAAGCGAACGCGAGAAAUUAAGAUGUGGUAUCGAAAGUAAAAGAAUUUCCAAUUUUUCUCGAUUGUCAGAUGCUCGAAAUAUGUGUAUGCAAACGUGUUGUGAGACUUUCUAACAAUUUUACAAUAAAAUUAUUAAAAUCGUAAAAUUAUUUUAUUUGCUUUCUAAAUUACAUUUUUUGAGGGUA